AUUUCUUUUUUCCUAGGAAAUGAAGUUAGAUUUUAGACGUUGACCAGAUGAAAUAUAAACAGAGAUCGUACUACACAAAAGCUCAUUUUUUCCUUUUUGGGUUAGAGCGAUAAAUAAACAUAAAAGAAAAGAUUAGUAUGGAGAUACACAGAUUCAUGAAACGUAUGGUUCACGUAUUACUAUUGUUACUAGCGAUUCAUGCGCAUAUCCAAGCCGUUGCUUCAAUCACAAAUACUUCUGUCUCAGCCGUCCAUCUGAAACCUAAUUCCAUCUUAGGUAACAAAACGUGUUGUAAGAUAGAUUUCCCGGUUUGGCAGCGGGAGCUUCGAAGCAGCGGUGGUGGCGGUGGAGGAGGUCGUGGUGGUGGUGGAGGUGGCAGCAGUGGUCGAGGCGGCAACAGCGGUAAAGGGGGCAGUAGAGGAUCUUCUAAUAGCGGCGGCCGUGGCAGCAGUGGAAAUGGUAAUGGCGGUACCGGUGGUGGCCAUUCUGUAGGAAGCGGGGGUGACUGCUUCAAACACCGUGGUCUCACCGGAACUACAAUAUUUCUCGUCUUCGUAAGCACUUUGAUUCUUUAUGCGUUGAAACAGUAAUUACAUGUUAUUUUAUUUCUGUUUCAAAGUUAAAUACUCCAUUGUAUAUACACUUUGAUCAUGUCUGUUGAACAAUAAAAAAAAUGUAUCCUAUGUGUUUGAAUUAAAUGUGGGUAGCUUUCC